AUGUGGCCGUUCCUCAGCCACACUCUCUUCCCACCCCCUACCGAGGCCUGGCUGCAAAGCGUUUCCCCAGACCCUGAGGCCCUGGGCUGGGGGGCCUGGAGCAGGGCCGAGAAGCCCCCUCUGGGGCCAGGGGUUGGGGACAGGAAGUAAGAGGAGCCAGGGAAAGCAGAGGAAGACCAGAAAGAUGAAGAUGCAGGCUUCCUCCUGUCUCUCUUGGAGGGGGAGGACCUGGCUAAGUACCGGGUGCCUGACUAGAAGCUGGAGGCCAUCAAACUGAAGCUGUGGGCCAUGGAGCAGGCCCAAGGGCCGGAGACGCCAGGGGCGCAGGGCCAAGCCGCGGAGGAGGAGAGCGCAGGCGCCACCCGUCCUGGGGCCCCCCUCUCGGUAGGUUGCCCCUGCCCCGGGAGCCCCGUGGAGAAGGUGGAGUCGGACCACAGAUCCGUCUAUGUGGGCAAUGUGGACUGCGGGGGCACAGCGGAGCAUCUGGAAUCCUACUUCAACCCCUGCGGGGAGGGCCACCAGGUCACCGUCCCGUGCGACAAGUUCUCCGAACACCCCAAGGGCUAUGCCUACAUGGAGUUUGCCGCCAAGAGCUCAGCCCAGGCUGCAGUGGAGCUGGAUGAGAGCAUCUUCCGAGGCCGAGUCCUCAAGGUGCUGCCCAAAAGGACCAACUUGCCAGGGAUCAGCUCCACGGACCGCGGGGGCUUGGAAGGACAUUAAGGCGCCAGAGGAGGACCCUUCCCCCACAGCAGUCUCCGGGGCGGGGCCCGCUUCAGACCACGAGGGCGGAACCGCUCGGGGGCCUGCGGGGGCAGCAAGUGA